CUCCAAGAACACCUUCACAUUCUUCCACCGCUUCAUUCAGGUGAAGUUGAUUUUCAUUCUUUAAUUGAUUUACAGGAUGGAAUUAGAUGAAACCCAGUUCGAAAAAUUUAUAGGAUUGUUCAGCAUUAGACCUGAGGAUUUUCCAUACAACCAAGAUGUUAGGUUGAACAUUAAGUCAUUGCGACAAAAUCAAAUAGACAAGCAGCUCUUUUUUGAUGUUUUAUUCUCUUUCAUUGAUAUUAUUAAGGAGCCAGAGGCGUAUUAUCCUCCAUCCUCCAUGAACGAUUUGAAAAAUCUCUUUUUAAUCAUUGACUCUUCUAAUAUCGAUGAACUUAAACAGCAGUGCUUUUAUUACUACUUAUUAAAAGAUUGGGGAAAAAGUGAAACAUAUGCCAAUCAAAUAUUAUUACCUUUCAAUUUCCGUCAAUUAAUCGAUGGUUAUUACGCUUUAGAUCAUUUGAACUUUGAGGAAGCGCUUGAUCACUUUUUACAGCCGGAUGUGUUACCAAAUUUCCCAGACAAAAUUUUGGAAACGUUUUAUCGACACGACAAGUUCUUCCAAAUGAUUCGUUUUGUACAGUUUGUGAACCCUCCUUUGGAUACAUUUAGAAAACAAGAGUGCUAUACUCUCGCUCUUGCAAGACAUAGUUUUCUGAGCGCCUUUAACUUUAUGAAAAAAUGCAUGCAACCGCUUGUGUUGUGGGAAGGACUUCUUCAUGUAGUUUUAGACUCGAAUGAUAAAGACUCUUGCAAGUUAAUAGUUUCACUUCCUUUAACCGAAGAAGAGGUCGAUAUUAUGGUUUCCGUUUUAAGCUCGAAAAAAGAACCUUUAUACCUCGAUACUCUCUUAGCUUUCCUCAUACAGUCAGGCAGGAUACAUGAAGCCUGUCAGUUAGCAUCUUCGAAUCUCUACCUUGACAAGUCUCCGAUUUUUGCGGCUUUACAAAGGCUAGGCGUCUCAUAAUAAAUUUAUUUUUUUCUCUUACUUGUACAAUAAUUAUGAUUUAUCCGGAUGCUACUCUUCAUGAAGUUAUUUUAAUUCCUUAAACUAACUAGUACCGUUCGAAAAAAUGAUAUAUAAAUAUUUUAGUACCCAAAGUAAACCAUUGAAAAGAAUGACAAAGAAUUACAAGAUGGUUUGGUUACACACGAAAGGUAUAAAUGAACGUAGAUAGCAAGACAUGCCAAAUUUAACGAAACUUAUAAUGUUGCAAUGACAAAACCCCUUUAGGGCGUUCAGGUAAUGAGGUGGAUGAUGGCUUUGAA